UCGAAAUAUUGCUUUCUACAGAUUUACAGUCUCAAGACAACUAUCUUUUAUUAUCAACAGAUGCAUUUUAGCAAUUUUCGACGUCUUAGAAACAAAACAGUGAUCUUUUAAUUCAAUUUUUACCGAAUUAACAUUUUUCUCACCUUGAUCUGGAUAACUAGACGCUUUACAUUCCUGAAAAAAGCGCCUGUGUCAACCGGUGUUAAUGUAAACAAACUGUCAAUCAGCUGUUAUUUAUCAAAAUGAUUGCUAAAUUCUUUAUCAUCUACUGUGUGUUACUACCGGGCUACAAAUAUAGUAUCUAUCUUACAUCAACGACAGGUAAUCUGAAACCUACAGAAUACAUAUCCUACUUAAGCCAAUCAACAAUUGAACAUGUCAACAAAGAUGUAAAUAUACCGAUUACCAAUAUACAACUCUCCUCAGAUUUUAAUGUUACCACCAAUUUUAUGAUUUACUAUCAUCUUGUGCACAGCAGAAGAGUGAAGUAUCAACCAAUAAAACUAAGUCAUUGCUAUCGACUCUAUUUAUUAGUCCUAUCUGGAGAUAUUGCUCUAAACCCAGGCCCAGUAAAAUUUCCAUGUGGAAAAUGUGCCAAACCUGUUGCCAAGAACCAUCGAGCUAUUUAUUGUGAGGCAUGUUAUUACUGGUGGCAUAUCAAAUGUGCAGGGAUGUCUUCAGAAAAGUAUAAAACUUUGUCAAACAGCGAGGAACCAUGGGUAUGUGAUCAAUGUCUACAUUUUCAUUUUACUGACUCUCAUUUCGAAGAGAGUCUUAGCAACCUAUCAACCCAAAGUUUGGAGAAGGAAGAAAAUACACAUUCUAUUUUUGAAGAACUAAGAUCUACAAGAUCAAAACAUAUAAAUAAAUUUAUUACAGCUCAUCUAAAUAUAAACAGUAUAAGAAACAAAUUUUGUGAAAUUCAUGAACUACUGUUGGAUAAAUUAGUCGACUUAUUAUUUAUUUCUGAAACAAAAUUAGAUUCAACAUUUCGUGAUGGCUUAUUUGAUAUUCCAGGCUAUAAACUUCAAAGAAAGGAUCGUACAUCUUCUGGCGGUGGUAUUGCUGCAUUUAUACGAAGUGACAUUCCAGCAAGACGAAGAAAGGAUCUUGAACAUGAUCAAAUCGAAAGUAUAUAUCUUGAGAUCCCGCAAGUAAGAACUACAACUACUGGUAAAAAAUCUUUCAGGUAUGCUGCACCUGCUUUAUGGAAUACUCUACCUGACAAUUUUAGAAAAUGUUCAAAUUUUGCUCAGUUUAAAAAGUUAAUUUCAUCCUGGAAUGGUAAACAGUGUAAAUGUAUUGCUUGCAGCUAACUUCUA